AUGGUGUUGAUGAUUUCGCAGCGCAUGUGGGUCGAAACCCAGCCAUGGUUCUUGAUAACAGUAAUGAUGGUUAUGAUGGUGGUGGAGGUGAUGGCGCUGAGCGGCACCAACGUGUGCAUGGUGAAGCAAAAAUAUAACAUUACGAAGCGCAUCAAAUAUCGUGCUCCCAUGUCAGUCAGGACAUACGAAUGGUGCUUCUCAAUGCCUCCGCGAUGCUCACGUUGGAACACCGAGAUGAGGGAUCUCACAAGGCUCGAGACUGAAGAAAGAACUGCAGAGGUUGCAGUGUGCUGUCCGGGUUACAAGAUGAAAGACGUAUCGUGUGUUCCCAUUUGCCCCAACGGGAAAACUGGCUCUGGAUGCUCGGAGGAUUGUCCGCCGAAUAGAUGGGGUCCAAACUGUAUAAAAGAAUGCAAGCACUGUUCCCAUGGCGUGUGCUCCCCCAUCACCGGCGAGUGUAACUGCCAAGAAGGAUGGCAAGGUGAGAGUUGUGAAAUCAUCAUUACUACCAGUACAACUUCGACAACACCAGUGGAAAAUUUACUAACCACUAAAUAUGCAUCUACUAAAACCACUAGGCCUUCUAGCACAGAAGCUACGCUUAUAACAACUCUAAAAAAUAUUGUACCUGUAACAAUUCCUAGUAUGUCGACGAUGGCCACGACUCCUUUUCAUAUUUCAACCGCAAUUACUGAAACCACAUCACGAAGGGUGACACCAUUGACAAGAAUAUCGCAUAACAAUUUUUCUUUAUCGACGUCGCCAAUGACAACAUUAAACUUUUCCAGUAAUUAUAAAGAUAUAUUUUCUACACCUGUGGAAAGGCCAACUCUAUUGAAAACCAAAGAAAUUGUAGACUUAAAAAGUACAAACAUAAUCAAUAAUUCAACAACAGAGCCUGUACAAACUAUAAAAGGUACUUACAUGACAAUAAAAACAACUGGUAUUACAACAACAAAGAUAGAUAUGUCAAGUGAAAUUGAUAAAAAAGUUCAAAUACCAGUCACAGAAACAAGGAUAGUUGAUGAGCCGACAUCGAGAACAUUUGAAGUCACUAAACGCCUACCGCCUAAAACUACACCAAAAAUGGAAUCUACUAGGAAACCUGAUACUACAAUAAAAGCUUUUCCCACUACUUUGAAGUUCAAACCAAAAGAAAUAUGGAUACGGCCUGCGCAAAAAGGUGAAGCUCCAGUUACAGAAACUAAGAUAAAAAUAAAUCAUGACACGACUAAUAUUAAAUAUAAAAAUGCGACUAAAGUAGAAAUAGUACCAAACACAACACCAAAAACAAUUAUUGUUUCAAUUAUUCCUACAUCAGUUUCUUAUGCAACUUUUAAAAAGUUAGCAUUAACUACAGCAUCAUAUUUAAGUUUAAAAAACCACACUUUUGUGAAAACAAACAAGCCUGGAGAGGAAUUUACAAAAGCAAUGUCCAUUCAAACGUCGACAGCAACUCCAAUUACGAAAAACCAAGCAAAAACUAAUUUGAACCAUGUAAUAUUGACUUCAACUCCAUCAGUAGUAAACGUAUCGAAAUCUCCGUCACAUUCAACAUUUUCAACUACAAGAAGAACAUCAACAACAGUUUAUGUUUUUGUAACUAAUAGAACUAACAGCAUGUCACGCACUUCGAAUGUUGGCACGAAAAAGAUGAACACUUUUAACCCAUUUACUAUGGCGACUGUUUCUAUGACUAACUUUACUUCAUUUACUCAUAGACGUAACGCAGUUACAGAAAAACUGACAACCAAAACAACUAACAUUCCUAAAUAUUUAGAACCAAGUACGUUAAUUACUACCGAACAUACUAUCAAAACAUCAGCUAAUAAAAAUUUACUUAUAACAAAACGAAAUGCAACAAAACUAAAAACUGAUAGAACAGAUGCAACAAAAUUUAAGAACAUUCUUCCAAAUAUAAAUAACAAUACUGUAAAUGUAACGAAUAAUUCUGAAACUAAUACAGUAACAACUGAUCAACCAGAGGAAGAUGAAGAGAAAUUUCAUAUUUUGACAGAACCAGAACACAUUACAGCUGUCAUGAGUGACAAAGCAGCAGAAAGGUCAUCCGUUGACUUAAUAUCAGUGAUAAGUAUAGCAGGUGGUGUCAUGAUGGCUGUCAUCACAGUUGCUGUGGUGAUCGUGAUGAUGGAGAGAUGCAGGAGGCCAAGAUACGAUGACAUAAGGAAGAUAAAUGAUAUCAGAAUGCAAGUAAUGAUUGACAAUAAUGAUAUGCCACCACCGUACGUGAGAAGCAUUUUUCACACACCCUUGCCAGAUCCACCUUCAGAAAAAUGUCAUUAUCAACCGAUUUCAACACUAGAUCGUAAUUUAAAACAAUUCAUGAGGCCGGUAGUCGUCCAAACAAUAUCACCAAUUAUGCUAGAAAACUUCAGAGGUAUUCUAGAAUGUCAUUACGAUCAUUUACCACAUAGAAGCCACGAUUUCGAAACUACUCAAAAACGUAACUCUAAAGCGCCAUCUAUUGAAGUAACUGAACAACAUCAUCUACAAAGAGUGUCGCUUACAGAGUCUGCUAUAGACGCUUUAAAAUGUGAAGCUAAACUUGAUGUUAUCGAUUCAACUACGUCGGAACCGUUGUAUGCGGAAAUUCCAUGCUGGAGGCCACCCUCAGAGCAUGCUGUUGAAAUCAUGAAUGUAAACGGCGAAGCUGUUACGGAAUUAUGACCAAACAAGCGUUAACAAGACAAGUUUCUAGAAUGAAAUAGAUGGCGUUGUAUUUUGAACAUAUACAAAAAAAUUGGUGUGAAUAAUUUUCGUAGUGGUCUCUUUAUAAAAUAGGUGUGCGUUUUCCAAUCAAAGACUUUGCUUUUAAGGUAUAACAAUGUUUGUGUGCAUAUUAUUAGUAAGUUAUUAGUAAAAUAAUAAUAAUUAAAAAAUAUUAUAGACAAUGCUGUUUGAAUGUCUCCACAUAACGCCAUUGUGUCAAAUAUAAUUUUUCGAGUAUUAUGAGUUAAUAGAAACCUGCAUAAUAAAAUAGAUUGAUAAACUGUUUAUUAAUUAUACAUAUACAGAGAAAGUUUGCAGUAAGGUAAUUCUAGAAAGGGCAAAGAAGUUCUUGUUUUAACACCAAAAGCGAUCUCUUCCAAAUAAACCUUGAACUAAAUAACAUAUUCCUAAAUACAGAUUGGUGCACAGUAAUACUAAAUAUAAUAAUAUAAAUAUAUCAAACAAAUAUUCCUUACUUUUUAUAUACUAGUCAAUAAUGUUUAAUAAUGCACAUAAAAAACAAUUAUGAAUAGGUAGGUAUCUGUUCGAGGUACAUAUCUUGUGGCUAAAAUUUUCUUUUAUUUAAAAUUAAAGUAUAUAUGAGUGGAAACUCUUCGAGACCUUG